AUGGUGGACGUCACCGUUCUCACCGACUUUUGCUGUCCGGUGACUCGUGAUGCUCUUCGAGCCCUUCAGGACGAGGUCCUUCGUGAUCGAAGCUCCGCUGAGCGUCAUGCUGAAGUAGCAUAUCGCUAUGCGAACGCUCUUGGCGAUUUGAUGCACGUCGUGCGCCGGAUGUCUCACCUUGAGGACUUUCGCGCUCUGUCGGAGCGACUCCUAGCCGUGGAGCAGGCGAAUGCAUCGCUGCAUGCGACGUUGGAGCGCUUGGCUCCAUUAGAAGUGGAGGUUGUUGAACUCCGUGCUCAGAACCAGUUGCUGGUUCAGCUUCUGGGUGGCCGAGGGCAUGUGGAAUUCGCUCCGGCGCCAACGCUUCCGCGUCCACUUGCGCCGAAUCCGGUACGGCUUGAGCAAGCCCGCGUAAAACACCGGGUGGGUGCGCAUCCGUUUCGGAAGGUUCAGCGUAUACCCUUGGACCCGCUUGGCCACGACUUUAAACGGUCCGAUAAACCGUGGACGAAUCUUCGUCCUGAAGAUAGCAGAGGCUGCAUGUGUAGGCAGGUUCUCAAGACUUCAUAA